AUCAAAACGGCCAGCAGCAGCAACCAUCAUCAUCAGUAAAUCGCAGUCGGUAGCAGCGGAGCAGUGAAAUUUGGUUAAAAUAAAACCGCAGAAAAUCGAAACUUCAUUCAAUUGUUUCGUUUUGGACUGGCGAGUUUACUGCGGAACACCGACGACCAUCAUCUCAAACAGAAGCCCAUCCGCACGGAAGCUGUAGUUGGCGUUGUCCUUCGGUAAAAACAGUGCAACGGCAUCAUCUGUAAGUGCCCAAUAUUGGAACAUACCCAAACAAGAUGGAUGCGAUGAGCCUGAGCCUUGAUGACAUUAUCAAAAAGAAAGCCAUCGGAAAGCGGCCGAAACCAACUGGUGGUGCAGUCGGUGGAAAGAAAACUCCAACCAAAGUGGGUCGUAAUGGUGCCGUCAGUGGACGAAUCGGUAAAAAGCCCCUGGCCAGUCCGAACGGGCGUCGUAAGCCGGCAGUAGCAGGAAAACCCCGAUCCGGAGGAAUCGCAAAACCCGCAAGAGUUCCGGUGGUUGUUGAUGCGCGGAUGAAAAUCAUUCAAAAGAAGCGAGCGCAAAUCCGCGACGCCCGAGAUAAAUUGGUGGAGAUUGCGAGAAAUAGUGGCGAUGCCCGGUUGCGGUUGCUCAAACGCAAGGGAAAGGUUCCGCCGGGGAAUGGCAUUCUGAAGAAGAGAACCAGCAGCGAGCAUUCCAGGGGAAAAGAGUAUGAUGAUGAAAUGGAAGUGGAUUACGAAAUGGAUAUGCGUCGCCCUAUGAGACCACUGAAGCGAACCGUUCGAAAUGAAAUGUUUACAGUACCCAGUACGAUGCCACCAUUGCCAACAUUCAGCCGUAAUGUUCGCAAUUCGCCGCCUCCGACAUCAUCCUCAUCGUGGAACAGCGAUCCGUUCGAUUGCUACGAAGUGCACACAAGCCGUCCGACCUUGUCGUCGAAAGCGCCGCCCCCUCCGGCCCCUGUUCCACGGUACGAUGACAUUCCGCCAAGACGUGGAACAACGCGGGUUCGGUCUCCGCCUCCGCACCCGAUGUAUGCCGAGGACCGACCCCAUCUUUCGUCUACAAUGCGGGCCCGGCUGGAACGGGCACCAAAUCCCAACGAAUCGAUGGGAAUCUUCGCCAAAAUGCCACCGGAGGAUCACCAUAUGAGCAGCAGCAGCAGCCGGAGUCAUCACCAUCAUCACCACCACCACCAUUCGCAGCCGCUGUCACCGUCCCCGUCGCCACCGAUCACCGGGUACAGGAUUGUGGUCAGCAAUUUACACGGCAGUGUGACGCAAAAUGACAUCAAGGAACUGUUUGAAGAUAUCGGAGAUCUGCUGGAGUCGCGUCUGGUCCGCCCGGGAGUCGCCGAAGUAAUCUACCGUACCCUCAAAGACGCCGAGGAAGCCGUCGAUACUUAUCACAACCGCCAGCUGGACGGUCAACCGAUGAAGUGCUUGCUGGUUAAACCGCGAGCCUCUAACAAGCCAACCGCCCCAGCCAUCAGCUACUCGAGCUCAUCAAGAUCCCUCAAGUCCUCCUCACUCUCGUCGUCCUCGUCCGGAGCCAAGAAAUCGCACGUCGAAAUAGACAUCGACGCACUGCAUACGGUUCUGUUCAGAAGAGAUCACUAGACGGUUCCCUUUCAUGCCCUCUCUUCCCCAGACAUAACCGCACUGAUCUACAUUUACCAACACACUCAUUUUGCAUACACACGCACAGACACAGAUUUUUUCAAUGAUUUUCGUUGGUUACAAUCAAAGCCACCAUAGACAAACAGACGUAUCUACUAGAAUAUUGUAUAAGUGAAGAGCCAACCACUGGAUGUGUUAUCCGUUACUGAAUAGAUUGACAAGUGUCGUUCGUUACGCCUGUUUGUCUGUCACAACGCUAUACGUUUUAAUUUGAGCUGUUUUAUUUUUGUUAUUCAAAUACACAAGCUAGAAAAAAUACCGUUCAAUGACUGAGAAUUUCACAUACGUUUUAGUUGGAAGGUUUCGGUUCUUUCAAGCCCUCUCUCUCUCUCCCGAAUUAGACGAAGAAUCCUCCGCUCAAUGGCACAUGCGUGACAGUACAUUUAAAUAAAUUGUAACGGUCUUCUAAUAUGGGUAAGGCAAAAAUGAUGUGUAUCGUUUGAAAGAGACUUCAGUACGCUAUUAAUGAUAAGACCCUAACAGUAUCGGUAAACGAUGGAAACAAAUACCUAAUAACUAAUACUAUGCAAAAACAACAACAAUGAAUAAAAUUAUUUGAAUUUGAAAAAGUGUAAUAUGAA